AGAGAUAAUAUUUCUCAAUAUUCCAAACAAAUUAAAGAAAAAAAUAUUUUGAUAUGGAGAACCAAGUUAUGUCUGCUUCAAGCUCUUCCGUGGCCCCACCCAAAACAUGCAAUGAUGAGAUCAUCGUGGCCGUGGAUGAGUCCAUGGAGAAGGCAACGGAGAGCCAAGUUGCGUCAUCUGUAAGCUCUUCCGCGCCCCAACCUGAGAAAUGCAAUGACGUCACCGUGGCUGUAGAGGAGUCACCCAUGGAGAAGGCUACGGAGAACCAAGCUGUGUCUUCUGCAUGCUCUUCCGCGCCUGCGCCCCAACCAGAAAAAUCCAAUGACGUCACCAUGGCUGUGGAGGAGGCCAACAAGGAGAUGGUGGCAACGGAGAACCAAGUUGUGUCUUCUGCAGGCUUUAUCGUGGCUGUGGAGGAGGCCACGGAGGUGGUGGCAACGACGGAGAACCAAAUUGUGCCUUAUGAAAGCUCUCCCGCGCCGCCCCGAGGCACUGACGUUAUCGUGGCUGUGGAGGAGUCCAGGGAGAUGGAAACGGAUAACAACAAUCCGGGACUAGGGUCUGCUCUUGUUGUAACUGAAAACCCUAGUCCCGGAUCUGGUGCUGUCCCAACAGGGAACCAGAUCACGUACCUUUACCCAUCAAGAUCUAAUAAGAUCUUCACUUGCCCCCUUUGCAAGAAAGGGUUCCCAACAAGCCAAGCCCUAGGUGGUCACCAGAACGCGCACAAGCAAGAGCGAGAGUGGGAGAAGAAGAGGAAGGAUAUGGAACAAGAGUACCCCGGAUACUCCUUUUUGAACUCUAAGAUAGACAAUCCUCUUCUGUUUUUCUUAGGUGGCUAUUCAUCAGAGGCGUUAUCAAACGAUAAUCAUCUUGGGAUCCCUCUUGAGGCUUUCAAACGCAGGUUCACCGGUAACUACCCUUCCUCGAGUAACCGAUUCUCGGACCCGAACAUUGCCGUGGUUCCUCGCGUGGCUCCUCCUACUAGCUUCUUCCCAGGGAACGCUGACGGUUCUUCUUCAGGGGGACUUGGGGGGCCUACACCCCUUUACAGCAACUAUCCCCCGAUGAUCCCUAGAAACGCUCCUCCUUUCCCUCCUCCUCAGACCACCAACCUUCCUAGCGGUUUGUAUCCACAGGGAAAUGUAUUGAACGAGGUGAAUUUCAUCUCAGAGAUAGGAAGGGGUAAUAUUGUGGAGAUUGAUGACGAUGAUGACGAUGGUGGUGAUGUUGAGCCUGAAGAAGGGCCAUCCAAGAGCUGGGGGGCUGAUUUAUCUCUUUGAAUAUUGUUUAGUCCUAUGAAUUGUUUAGUUUUCUAUUAGAGACAUACAUCUCUCUCUGAAGAUUGCUUUUUUUUUUUUUUUUU